AUGGCGGAAUUAAUGGAAUCUGUCACCAUCAGCGAUGUGAAGCCAUCAGUUGCAUCAACUAUCAGUAAUCUGCCUCGAGAACUCCUGUACAUCAUCCUCUUCCACUGCCACCAAACACAUGAUGUUGUACGAGAAAAGUUCAAUUCCAGCGACGGGGAAAGCUACCUUUCCAUCGAUCAUGCAUCUGGCUCAAGAAACCUUGGCCGCGUUUGUCGUUUGUGGAAGAAUGCUAUCGAGGUCGGGAUGGUCCCGGCGCGGCCAUUCCAUGAAAUCCAACUUAGCGACCAGCAGUUCUUCAGGCUGGUUUCCGAAGACGCUUCGUGCAAAUAUAUGAUGGCCUCUGAUCAAGUAGACCGGAUGGAGCUCCCGGUGCUCUUGAACUACCGGACGCUCACGAUUGUCUGCAAGCAGAUAGAUGAUCCCUACCCACUUGACGCCAUGACUAUUCUAAAUCCACUGGCUACCCCUAAGAAACUAAAUAUUGUCAUCACCGAUGGUCGAACCGUUGAUAUCCGGGAGAUAUUCCAACAUUUCAAGACCCCCUACUUAAACCUCCUCGAAAGUUUACACCUAGAAUUCCUUGCCUCUCGGAGGAGAGUCGACCCGGAUAACGAUAUCAGUAUCAUCGUCUGGGACGGCCGGAUCACCCUCACAUCAUCAAGUGACUUCAUUCCCUCCCUAAAGAUACCCAUCGCAAUGGGCAGAGUAGACUUAUCCAUCAACCACUGGACCGACAAUGCCACCAUCGAUGACAUACCCUGGAUCUUUGGGCAGCUUUGCCGACAUGCGCGGCCACUGGGUAUGGGCUUCCACCUGCUAAAGGUGCAGGACUCGCCCUUCACCGACAAAUGGUGCCGGCAGCGGCCCAGCUGCGCUCUCGACAACACCUUCCUUCGAGAGAUCUGCCUAACCGGCAUCAGCAGCGACGGCUUCCUACGCCUACUCCAGUGCGCCAGCAUCGAGGUCUGGUGCGUCCAAAAUCUACGGAUCAAGUUCCUGCCCACCCAUGACCGUGAGCUAUGCUACUGGGACUACCGCAUCUUCGACAAGACCACCUGGCCAUUCAGGAUCGAGAACACCGAGAGGGAUAUCUGGAGCGACUACGCGGACUUCCUAACAUUCCCGAAACUAUCACUGCGGCGACGCCUAGACGGGCGAAUCCAGGAAGUCGAGAAGCAGCAGAUGCAGGCGCCGUGCCAGAUUGCCUCGCCGGUGGAGGUGGAUCCCGUGGUUGGGUGGCCAUGGCGCGCGGCUCCGGGGGAGGACGCGGAUACCUAUGUCGAGAUCUUUACCGAUGUCGACAAGUAUGUGGGGAGAAGCUUGCGCUGGUCUGGCCUUAAGACGGUGGAGAUUGAGGGUGAAAUCAGCGAUGAGGACAUGGACGGGUUUCAGGAGCUGAAUGCCCUGCAGGAGGAGCCGUUUUUGGAGGUGUUGGGGCCAAUGUCGACGGGGAGGUCUUUAGGGCAUAUGACACGCCCGGAUGCCCUGGAGGAGUCGGAGUAUCUCCCACUACAUUGGUGGGCUGUGCUUGGGUAG